AUGAACUCCUCCAAUCCGCUGGAGAUGUCCCGACAAGCGGAUGAAAUGCCCGAUUUAAACCUCGAUUUUCCAAAUUUCGACCUAUUUGUCGCUACAGGAGAUCCUAAUAAUGCAGCCAGCAACCAAAUGCAGAUGGAUUCCCUCUCAGGACCCCACUCAACACACCCGUCUCCGAUGCUUAACCCUAUCCCAGAUCACACCCAAGGAUAUACGCCGGCUGAACGAGUUGAAUCAGCUCCAAAACCGGAUUCUUCAACAACAGCUCGAAUUAUGGGCUGCCCACCCCCGGCCCCCCAUGUACCAGUUGGGUACCAGGGCUUAAUAACACCUGUAUCAAGCACUGAACUUAGGCCUGUGGUAUACGAUCCAAACUUAGUUUCAUCAGCUCUUGGCAAUCAUGCAGAUCUAUACCGUUCAUUACUCUCUCCUGCUAUGACCCCACUUAAUGGGUGCGGCAUCCACCCCUCGCCCUUUCCACAGACCCAUCAUGGAACCCCCACGGAUUUUCUAUCUCCCUUGACUUCACCCGCUAUUCAGCCCUCUCCCAACCCCCGUCUAUCAUUUGCCCAAGGCACAGCAUCUGCGAUCCCAUCCCCAGCUCAAAAAAGCUUCCCACCACUGCCAUCUCCUUCAUUUGGGCCCUCAAGAUCAAAGCGCUCUGCAACGUCUGAUGUAGAAGCCGUCCGUAAACGUGCCUCUCCGCUCGUUAAGCCCACUCCUCCAUCCAAGGCAGCGACUAGUGCCAAACGUACACCCCGCACGCGGCCACGUGGUGACAGUGUUAUUCAGCCCCGCGCUUCUCCACUCCCGAGCCCCCACCCAUCUGGGACGAUCGAGCCGGUCGGAGACCUCCCGAACUCGACACCAUCGCCUGUUGACCUAUCUGCGACCUUUUCGAUGCCCCCGCCGGCCGUACCUAUAGCACGCAGCUCUCCUGGCCAGGAGGUAGAUACUAUUAUGGAACAACCGGAGAGUGCAGAUGCCACACCUGCCGCCAGCACUAAUGGAAGCCCUUCGUUAGCGCCUGUCACUCCUGCAUCGCUAAUGAAUCUUGGUCACAAUGCGACACAGCCAACCGGGCUCCGACACGGCCCGGAUGGCCCUCAGUUGGGCACUAGCGACCUUCCCUCAGAGACGGCCAGCGCGUCAAGGGAUGCGACCACUUCGAGUAAGAAAGAUAAGACAAAAGAAGCCAACCAUGUUUUCAAAGUGCCAAAGGGGAAGGUUGCGAUACCCAAGGCAGGAACGAGCGUGCGCCAAAGCCCUGCGAUUCUACCGAUGAUUAGUCCAGCCAUCAAGUCAGGUCUUACAGCCGAGGCCAUCGCGCAUUUAUCUACCAAAUCCAACUACCAAAAUACACUCGAAGGGCGUGCCGUGGCACUUGGAAUUAAUCCUUCUAGCAGUAACUCCUCUUACGGCCCAGAUGGACGCAAAACAUCUCAUAAAGCGGCUGAACAAAAACGUCGAGAUUCACUGAAGGCUGGCUUUGAUGACCUGCGUCUCCUUUUACCUCCUAUCACCCUUUCAGCCUGUGCAGAACUUGACCCUGGUGCUGCACCUCCGCGCGGGCCACCACGGAACGUCCCGGGCGGAGAAGAUAACCCUAAUCGUGCAGUAAGCAAACUUGCGUUACUUAGGUUUUCUAACGAGUGGAUCGUCAAGCUUGGCCGACGGGUUGAACGUCGGGACAGUGCUAUUGAAGAACUCAAAAAAGAAAUUCAAAUGUUGAGAGAACAGCUGGGACCCAAUGCGGAUUUGCCACCAGGGUGCGAUUUAGAUGCAAACAUUGAUGCUAUAGAAGAGGACAACGAAGAGAAUAAAUCAGCAAGGAUGGCAUCUCGACCAACUGAGAAAUUAAAAUCACAAGUGGCUGCAAUCGCAGAGCAUGACGAGGAAGAUGGUGAAGAAGCUGAUUGA